AUGGCGCCUAUGGCUCUUCCUCCUGGCUUCAGGUUCCAUCCGACCGACGAAGAGCUUGUCGCUUACUAUCUCAAAAGGAAGAUUAAUGGAAGGAAGAUAGAGCUUGAGAUCAUACCUGAGGUCGAUCUUUAUAAAUGCGAACCCUGGGAACUGCCUGAGAAAUCAUUUCUACCAAGCAAAGACCUUGAGUGGUACUUCUUCAGCCCUCGGGAUCGGAAGUACCCCAAUGGCUCGAGGACGAACCGCGCAACUCGAACUGGUUAUUGGAAAGCAACAGGGAAGGAUCGGAAGGUAAAUUCUCAUAAGAGAGGGGUUGGAAUGAAAAAGACCCUCGUCUACUACCGCGGCCGAGCUCCUCAUGGCUCUCGGACAAAUUGGGUCAUGCAUGAAUACCGCCUUGAUGAAAGCGAGUGUGAAACUGCUUCUGGGUUGCAGGAUGCAUAUGCGCUAUGUCGUGUAUUUAAGAAGAGCACACCUGGUCCUAAGAUUAUAGAGCAUGUUGGACUAAAUCAACAUGAAGAACAGUUGCAAUUGGAAGCAUUUGAUCUCACUCCUGAUGAAAGAGCAGAUCAUGAUGAUUUAGAAAGCAGCAACGUCUAUAAUCUUUUUCAAACACAUAGUAGCUUAUCUCAAAGCUUGGUUCAUGGCCCCUCAUUUGAUGCAAGUGCCUCAUGGAUGGAACACUUUCUGGCAGAAGAAUCAUCAGUCGUAAGCUCUACAAAUGUUCCCUUUCCAAGUCCUUCAUCAUUUUCCUCUAUGCUAUCAAAGGUAGAUGUAGCACUAGAAUGUGCGAGAUUUCAAAAUAGAUUCUUAAUGCCUCCAUUGGAGGUAGAAGACUUGUCACAACUCGAAGCUUCAAACUCAAAGAUCUUCGAAUCAGGUUUCUCUCAGUUCAGCACAACAGCAAACGAAAGUUUUCAGGAAAUUAAUUCAGUUGCAUCAGCUUCCCAUGAAUUUUGCAGAAACCCUAACUUUGAUGAAGACAUGUGGGCACUCAGAACUUCUUAUAGCUUCAAUGAAUUCUUCUCUCCGGUUGAAACUACUCAUGACUUAGGUUCUCCAGAAAUCAUUGCUAAGCCAAGUGCAAUGGGGGAGAAAGCAACCUUUGUCGACAUUAGUGAACUGGAGGAAGAGUUCAACCUAGAACAGAAGAAGGUAGAGAACUUAAGAAAUGUGAAAAUGUUGGAGGGGAAUAUGAUAACAGAAAUAAACAUAGAAUUCCAGCCAAGUCGGCAUCAAAAGUGCAGUCCUAAUCCUUCACCAGCACAAACUUCUAUGCUUGUUCAAGGAGAUACUCAUGGAGGAAUCAAUGAUAGGAUAAUCAACCUAGAAUCUCAAGCAGAUCAUGACUUCAAUCCGGAACAGAAGCAAGAUUUCCAUGAUAAUGUUAGUAGUUAUGAAGGUUUUUCUUCCUUUGAUGUUCUUGAGAAAGUUGAGUUCAACCAUGGGCUGUUUGUGUCAAGCAAAGCUGUAGCCAAAACAUUAUUUCACCACAUUGCACCAUCAAAGAAGAUCAAUGUUCAUAUGAAUCUUAUGGAUUUUGAGGUUAGAAAAUUCAAAUAUCCUUCAGAAGAUGGAUCUUAUAAGGUGUCUUUCUUUCAAAAAUUGAAAGAAUUUAUUUGCAACAAGAUAAUUGGGAUCAAGUUAGGGUGCCAUCUUGGCUGCAUUUUGAAAGUAUGUAGGAGCAUUCAUGUUUGGUGAUAUGUGGAAGAUACUUCUUCAAGGUUUCAACCUGCAUAAUAUUCAUCAAUGGCUGAAGGAAGAAAUCAAAGAACCGAGGAAGGAUCAAGUCCGUAUG